CACUCCCGCGCGGCAGUGAUGUUAUCCUGCAUUUCGUCUUAGCUAAACUAAACGGAUUAUUGAAAAAGAGAGUGGUGGUGCCGUGUAUGAGUUUUUCUUAACCUAAGGAUUUCUCAUUAUGUGUUUAGUGUAAAGAUUUGACGAACGAUUGAAUAACAAUUUUCAUUUGGAAUCGGCUCGAUAUUGGGCAGAGGAAUGCAAACCUGCGCCUCGUCCUCUGAAACACUUAUAUUUGUCGCCACAAAGGUUCAUGUUAUCUUGGUUGUGCUCCGUGACUUCCUCGCAUGAAGAAAUGCAGAGACGCGGUGCAGUGGUCACCGAGACCGUCAACCUCGUCGAGAUGAUCUGCGCGCUUGGUUUCGACGUGCCGCGAGCAAACAAGGAAAAAAAGAUGGGACCAUCUACCAUCAACAGGCGCAAGAUGCCCCGAGUGCUGCUGGCGCUGUUCACGACAGUGACACUGUUAUGCAUGAUCGACAGCCAAGCCAUGAUCAUGAGAAACAACGCGCUCAUGAACAAAAUGGUGUCAAACUUCCAAGACAACCACGUCGGCGAGCCGCCGCCCGACAAGGCCGACCCCCAGCACCGACCUGAGAAAGUGUUGUCUCUCAUGCAAAACGUCCUCUGCCGAAACUUCCCGUCGAUCCCGUGCGACGUCAUCGUCCAAGACGAGACUUUGAGAAACUUAAUAGAGAAGUCCAUCCAGCAGAUCCAAUACAAAAGGUUAAAGAUCGAGAAAACCACUCCGAAACCCGGCCGCCCGCUGACGCUGUUCCCGGCGAUCGUCAACAGCGAGGACUUGUCGAACUUCCUUCAAGUACACAGAGAGACAAAGAAAUACUUCGCGAAAGACAGGACCGAGAGGAAGGAGAAGAAGAGAGAAGAGCGGAAACGUAAGCCGAAGAAGAAUUUUGCAACUGGACAUUGGUCCAAAGAAGUCUCAAAUAAACAGUCGAAGAAGCACAAAAACGACGCAAAGAAAAAGAACCUUUAUUCUGGGAGGAAAUUAAGAAAAUUCUACCCGCACAAAGUGAAGUACAAGGAUAAGGUUGACACGCAUCCGGUUAUAGAGUCGGAUGAAAAGAUGUCUCUGUCUGUUGAAGUGCCAGAUUUGGGUUUGAACAAGCGGACCCAGCGAUUGGAAUUCAAGCCUGACCCAGAGGACCCCGUGUGGAGGAUAGACUAUCUGAAACACGGUGAGCCGAGUCUCACCAAAAUGGGCUUCAGUUCAGAUAUUAUGAACACUAAAUUUAAGAAAACUGGACCUAAUGUAAUCGUGGACGGAAAACCGGCAGCUGGGUUAUUCGUAGAUUUGUACAAGAAAAAGGAGAAUUCUUGGACGCAAUGGCACAGUACAGUAACAAAUGGCGAUGGCAGAAUUAGUUUCCCGUUUACAAGUGACUCCAUGGGUGAAGGAACUUACAAAUUACAUUUCAAAGUCGGUGAUUAUUACCAGAACGUUGGACAGGAGACGCUGUACCCUUAUGUAGAAAUAGUGUUUGACGUCAAAGAAGGUGAUCACUACCACAUCCCCCUGCUCCUCACACCAUUUGGAUAUUCCACGUACAGAGGAAGCUGAUCCUUAAUUAAAAUUAAACCAAUCUCUUUUUUACAAA